GGAAGUUGAGAAAGUUAUCCACUAAGUUAACAACUUUUAUCGUAGCAACACAGCUCCAACACAAAACAAACCAGUCACCAUGAAAGCCGCCAUCAUCUUCGCUUGCCUUUUGGCCGUUGCCUUCGCUCGCCCUGAAAUUGAGAUCGUCAAACAAGAUUCCGAUGUUGGUGCUGAGUCCUACUCAUACAAUGUUGAAACCAGUGAUGGCACACAAAAGCAAGAAGCUGGACAAUUGCAGGACAUUGGCAAAGAAAACGAGGCCAUCAGUGUUACCGGCAGCUACUCCUGGGUGGAUGAGAAGACUGGCGAGAAAUUCACUGUCACCUAUGUUGCUGAUAAGGAAGGUUUCAAACCAUCAGGUGCUCAUUUGCCCGUUGCCCCAGUUGCCUAAAUUGUUGACGUGACGAAAUUAAUGUUUAUUCUAAAGUAGGGUUUUUUAUUAUGAAAAUAAAUUGAAUGCAAUUUUUGAAAAUCAAAA